AUGACCGCUGUACCACCUGUAAUCCUCUCGGACAGGGAAGCGGUCAGGGAGAAGGACAGUGGUCAGGGACAGGGCCAGGGAAGCAGUCAGGGACAAGGACAGGGACAGGGCCAGGGAAGCGGUCAGGGACAAGGACAGUGUAAGGGACAGGGCCAGGGAAGCGGUCAGGGACAAGGACAGGGUCAGGGACAGGGACAGGGAAGCGGUCAGGGACAAGGACAGGGACAGGGCCAGGGAAGCGGUCAGGGACAAGGACAGGGACAGGGCCAGGGAAGCGGUCAGGGACAAGGACAGGGACAGGGCCAGGGACAGGGCCAGGGAAGCGGUCAGGGACAGGGCCAGGGAAGCGGUCAGGGACAGGGCCAGGGAAGCGGUCAGGGACAGGGACAGGGCCAGGGAAGCGGUCAGGGUCAGGGACAGGGCCAGGGAAGCGGUCAGGGACAAGGACAGGGUCAGGGACAAGGACAGGGUCAGGGACAGGGCAAGGGAAGCGGUCAGGGACAAGGACAGGGUCAGGGUCAGGGCCAGGGCAAGGGAAGUGGUCAGGGACAAGGACAGGGUCAGGGACAGGGCCAGGGCCAGGGAAGCGGUCAGGGACAAGGACAGGGUCAGGGACAGGGCCAGGGAAGCGGUCAGGGACAAGGACAGGGACAGGGCCAGGGAAGCGGUCAGGGACAGGGCCAGGGAAGUGGUCAGGGACAAGGACAGGGUCAGGGCCAGGGAAGCGGUCAGGGCCAGGGAAGCGGUCAGGGACAAGGACAGGGUCAGGGACAAGGCCAGGGAAGCGGUCAUGGACAAGGACAGGGUUGGCCACAAGGCCAGGGAAAUGGUCAGGGAUGGGGUCAGGGACAAGGCCGGGGUCAGGGACAAGGACAGGGUCGGCCACAAGGCCAGGGAAAGGGCCAGGGACAAGGCCAGGGACGGGGUCAGGGACGGGGUCAGGGACGGGGCCAGGGACGGGGCCAGGGACGGGGUUGGGGAAGCGGACAGGGUCGGGGUCAGGGACAGGGACAGGGAAGGGCUCGGGGACAAGGCCAGGGACGGGGUUGGGGACAAGGCCAGGGAAGUGGCCAGGGACGGGGUUGGGGACAAGGCCAGGGAAGUGGCCAGGGACGGGUUCAGGGACAAGGCCGGGGCCAGGGACGGGAUCUGGGACAAGGACGGGGUCUGGGACAAGGCCAGGGAAGCGGUCAGGGACAGGGCCAGGGACAAGACCAAAAAAGCGGUCAGGGACAGGACCCUUUUAACACCUCUUCAACACAACAUCUACAGCAAGCCUCCGUGUGUUUCAUGUUGGACUCUUCAGAUGAAGGCAUUUAG